UCGGGGCAGACGAUGCUGAAGAUGCUCUCCUUUAAGCUGCUGCUGCUGGCCGUGGCUCUGGGCUUCUUUGAAGGAGAUGCUAAGUUUGGGGAAAGAAGCGAAGGGAGCGGAGCGAGGAGAAGAAGGUGCCUGAAUGGGAACCCCCCGAAGCGCCUGAAAAGGAGAGAUAGGCGGAUGAUGUCCCAGCUGGAGCUGCUGAGUGGGGGAGAGAUGCUGUGCGGUGCCUUCUACCCUCGGCUGUCCUGCUGCCUGCGGAGUGACAGCCCGGGGCUAGGGCGGCUGGAUAACAAGAUAUUUUCUGUCACCAACAACACAGAGUGCGGGAAGUUACUGGAAGAAAUCAAGUGUGCCCUGUGCUCUCCACACUCCCAGAGCCUGUUCCACUCACCCGAGAGAGAAGCCUUGGAAAGAGACCUAGAACUUCCCCUGCUCUGCAAAGACUAUUGCAAAGAAUUCUUUUAUACUUGCCGAGGCCACAUUCCAGGUUUCCUUCAAACUACUGCAGAUGAGUUUUGCUUUUACUAUGCAAGGAAAGAUGGCGGGUUGUGCUUUCCAGAUUUCCCAAGAAAACAGAUCAGAGGACCAGCAUCUAACUACUUGGAUCAGAUGGAAGAAUAUGACAAAGUGGAAGAGAUGAGCAGAAAGCACAAACACAACUGCUUCUGUAUUCAGGAGGUUGUGAGUGGGCUGCGCCAGCCUGUCAGCGCCCUGCAUAGUGGGGAUGGCUCGCACCGUCUCUUCAUUCUGGAAAAAGAAGGUUACGUGAAGAUACUUACCCCUGAAGGAGAAAUUUUCAAGGAGCCUUAUUUGGACAUUCACAAACUUGUUCAAAGUGGAAUAAAGGGAGGAGAUGAAAGAGGACUGCUAAGCCUUGCAUUCCAUCCCAAUUACAAGAAAAAUGGAAAGCUGUAUGUGUCUUAUACCACCAACCAAGAGCGGUGGGCUAUCGGGCCUCAUGACCACAUUCUUAGAGUUGUGGAAUACACAGUAUCCAGAAAAAAUCCCCAUCAAGUGGAUCUGAGAACUGCCAGAGUCUUUCUUGAAGUGGCAGAACUCCACAGAAAGCAUCUGGGGGGACAGCUGCUUUUUGGCCCUGAUGGGUUUUUGUACAUCAUUCUCGGUGAUGGGAUGAUCACACUGGAUGAUAUGGAAGAAAUGGAUGGAUUAAGUGAUUUCACAGGUUCGGUGCUCCGGCUGGAUGUGGACACAGACAUGUGCAGUGUGCCGUAUUCCAUACCAAGAAGCAACCCGCACUUCAACAGCACCAGCCAGCCCCCGGAAGUGUUUGCCCACGGCCUCCACGAUCCAGGCAGAUGUGCUGUCGAUCGACAUCCCACUGAUAUAAACAUCAAUUUAACAAUACUUUGUUCAGACUCCAAUGGAAAGAACAGAUCAUCAGCCAGAAUCCUACAGAUAAUAAAGGGGAAAGAUUAUGAAAGUGAGCCAUCACUUUUAGAAUUCAAGCCAUUCAGUAAUGGUCCUUUGGUUGGUGGGUUCGUUUACCGAGGCUGCCAGUCUGAAAGACUCUAUGGAAGCUACGUGUUUGGAGACCGUAAUGGGAAUUUCUUAACUCUCCAGCAAAGUCCUGUGAGCAAACAAUGGCAAGAAAAACCGCUCUGUCUUGGCAACAGUGGUUCCUGUAGAGGUUACUUUUCAGGUCACAUAUUGGGAUUUGGAGAAGACGAAUUAGGUGAAGUUUACAUUCUAUCAAGUAGCAAAAGUAUGACCCAGACUCACAAUGGAAAACUCUACAAAAUCGUAGAUCCCAAAAGACCUCUAAUGCCUGAGGAAUGCAGAGCCACGGUACAACCUGCGCAGACGCUGACUUCGGAGUGCUCCCGGCUCUGUCGGAACGGCUACUGUACGCCCACGGGAAAAUGCUGCUGCAGCCCGGGAUGGGAAGGGGACUUCUGCAGAAUCGCAAAAUGUGAGCCAGCAUGUCGUCACGGAGGUGUCUGUGUUAGACCAAACAAGUGCCUCUGUAAAAAAGGAUACCUUGGUCCUCAGUGUGAACAAGUGGACAGAAACAUCCGCAGAGUAACCAGGGCAGACAUCACCUAGAUGAAACACCUUUACCCUGUCCUGUAAAAUACUAAAGUUACAUUUUUCACCAACUUAAUUGGAAUGAAGGGGAGUGAGAAACAGUCUUUAAUGUGCUGUGGAUCUAAUCUAGCAAUGUAUCCUUGUGCCAACAUGUAAUCAUUAACGACGGAUGAAAAAGCAAGAAAACAGCCAAUCCUUAUAAAAUUCCAGCAUUAAACAUUUGUAAUGUGCUUUUCACCAUAGCAAGACUGUCCGAGUAUACGUAAUUAGAAUGUUGCAGAUUUCAGAUUGAAUCGAACCUCACUGAGAAGAGCUCACUCGUUUUGACAAAUCUUGGUUAUGUAAGCUGUCACUUGUACAAAUUUUUAAUAUAAUAAUUCUUGCCAAAUAUGACUUUUAAUGUAUAUGUUCUUUCAGAACUCAAUGAAAAUCCUCUUUGGUUAAUGUAUGAAUAAAUUUUCUGUAAAUGUUCUGUUCAAGUUUUUAAAGAAAUGCCAUGUUCUGACUUAAAACUGCAAAAAGUCUGAUAGACAUUUGUCUUAAUGGUUUUCGAGGCCAGCUCUCUACGUUUAGGUUAUAAGAAAAUUAUACGGCCUCUUUGCACUACUGAAAAAACACCUACUCAUGACAUGCACACACCCACUAGAGGUUGUCCUUCUGUAAACAUCUGUUCUUCCAGAAUCUAAAUUGGAGAGUAGUAUAGAUUACACAGCACAGGCUGACUUUCCAAACCUGCUCCUUAACUUUAGGAAUAUGAGCCUCAAUUAAAAAAAAAUAAAAUCUUGUAACUAGUAUUUCUCUAUUGUUUUAAAGCGAGAGAUUUGCAAUUAAAGCACAGUGAGCAUUUAUAUAGAAACCACAACGUAGAAAGGUUGGUUAAGUACACUGCUCUUGUCUUCCAUAUAUGAUUACUUAAGUUUCAAGUGACCUCAUGCCAAAUGGAAAUGGGUUGAGAAAUCUUGGUUCAGUGCUUAGUGAACAAUAGCCUGCAUUAAAAAGUGCAUGCAUAAUUUUGCACAAUUUAGAUUCAAUUGACAGUCUAUUCAAAGAAGUCUCAGGAUUAAAUGAGCAUGGAGACCAAAUUGCCCUCUUACCCCAGAAAAGGGGUGGUCCUUUCUAGUCAGACUAGCACUUCAUUGGCCCAGCAGUGUGACAAAUCUUGCAAUGAACCCUGCAGUAGCCUGCAUCUGUAGGUUAAUAGCAGUCUUUUGUCUCCGUUGCUUUCUCUUCAUAGCCUUUUUACUGAAUUCCAUCACAGAAAGUUUUACAAUUAAAAAAAAAUGUCCUGACAACCAUUUUUGUAAGUGGACCUUACCAUCUAAUCGUCCCUUAUUCAACGUGGGUGACAUUAACAAAAUGUGAACUUCUCGUGAGGGGGCCAGCUGUCUAAAUCUGUCAAAUUGUGCAGUUUUAUUACACAUUCUCCCAUUCAUAGUUUCACUGAAAACAAUAAGGAUACUGCUAUAUAUUCAGCAAAAUCUGAAAAAUCCAGCGUUUCUUCUUACAUCCUUAAUCUUUCCAUUUCUUCCAAAAGAAUCUUUCCAAAAGAAAAGGUGUUAUAUUGCCGUGAGUUCUCCAAUGUAAAAAUAUCUAUAUUAAAUUGACCAAGCCCAGAUUGUUUUAUACAGUCCUUUCCCAAGUGAAGAGUUUCAAAUGACUUAGAAAAACAUAUGUACCCAGGUGUCAUUGUUUAUUCUAUUGUGAGUCAUUAGAAUAAAAGACCAAAAUCUUCUAAAAAGGAGAGAGCAAGAUCCAUGGAUAUUAAACCCAAACAAAAAAAGUAAAGUCGUUGGAGUCAUUUCUUUAUGUUCUUAGGAAAGAAGAAAAUAGCAAAGGCUAAUUGAGGGCUACAUAUUUUAAAUGCAGUGUCAUUUCAAAAAAUCCUUUGACCUUUCCUUUGAAGUAGAUUUUUAAAAUACGUGACUGGAGAAUUAUCUUAAAUAAUUCAUGGUGAGAGGCAGGUAGGAAUUGGUUGAAAAGUAUGAGCUAGGGAAAAGUUAAUGUUUCAAUACACAAAUGGCAACAUCUCCUUGGUUCAUAAGGCACACAAUCAAAAUAGAAGAAAAAUGUCCUUGGUAUGAAUGCAGAUGUAUGAGAUAAAGAUUAAACAAAGAAAUAGGAAGAUGUAUAUUAUUGCUUUGUCCAUUCUAGAGGUUAAAUUUUGGCUGCCAAUUUAAUGUGAAAUGCUGUUAUGGUAGUUAUAAAGAGUUGGAGAAAAGCUUUCUACCACUGCUUCUGCCACACUCUUGUCCUGGUUAAUAGAACUUUGUUUUCUCGCCAAUUAUUUAAGGUAAUGAGAAGAAAACUGAAUUGGCACAUGAUUACAGUAAAAAGAAGGGAAGAGUUAAGAAACUUGAGUGAUGGCAAUAAAAAGUGCUUCCAUCCAUAACUUUUCUUCUUAGAAUUUUGUUUCAAUGUGGCUCUUGUAAAAUGUAUCUUUUAUUUUAUCACAAAGAAUACUCAGUUUUCUCAGAUUAAUGGACUAUCUCAUAAAGAAAGAGCGAAGAAACUUACACAUACAACAUAUACACACAACCUAAGUAGAAAACCAUUCUCCUUUCAUUUACAUACUUUAGAGCAGGCACUUCUUCUCUAUUUCUUUCUUUGAAAAUAAUUACAUAAUAAUGUACUAACAAUAUUUAACGUCUCUCUUUUCGAUAUUGUUUUUAUCUCUGAAUCAUAAACUAUACAACAAGCCUACUAAGUGUAAGACAUGAGGUUAGAUGCCACAUUUAGGGUCUUUCAAAGUACACAUUAAUUUAAACUUUUAUUAGUCUAAAUUUCUUAGUUUUGACAUAUAAAAGAGAAAUGAAGUCCAAAUUUUUAAGAGGAAAAUAAGAUAUACCAUAGGUAGUUGUAUUGAUUUAUCAAUAAAUUAAAGUUUCUGAGCAUCGCCAUAGAAUAGUACCUAUGAUAUCUAUCUUUCUCUCUCACUCUCUUGUCUCUCUGUACCUCUCUUCUCCCCCUCCAUACAUCCUUCUUCUUUUUAACCUUUCCCUUCUCCUCUAUUUCUAUUGGUUUUGACUAAACAGACAUGUCUUCAGUACACCCAUAAUGAAGAUGUCCUGGGGUAGGGUUGCUACUGAUUUUGCUGGUUAUGAUCUUUUCUUUAUUUUCCUGAAAAAUGCCCUCUCCUGGUGUCACAUUUGCUCAGACUCUAUAUCAAGAAGAACAGUAGACAAAUAUGAACAUAUUAGACUGAUCUAUUAUAACCAUUUGAAAGAAAUAACCAAAAGCAUAAAUGACUGCCAGCCUGGAUGCUCCAGUUCAACUGGUGUUCCAUCAUAGAUACAGGAAAGACACAAGGAAUAUCCCCAGUCAAGAGCCUGAGCAAACAGUAGUGAAAGUUAGUAGCUAGUUGCUAUUCAAUUAAAAACCAUGACUAUGGACUGUCUUUUGAAGAAGAUUAUUCCAAAUCUAUGAGGAUAAAAUAAGAAGUAGUUCCCUCAAUGGAGACUUCAGAAUCUUCUUUCCCCAUCUCUGGGAUAAGACUUGAACUUGCAGAGAACUCAUACCAAAAUUCUAUGCCCAGAAAAUAUACGUAUUUCUAUAUUACCCCCGGGAAGUUAGUGGGCCUAUUAUUGUGAAUGCUGGCGAUACCUUCAGAAAGUUCCUCUUUAGAAUAUCCUAAAGAAAUAUAUGUUUGCUAUCUUCCCUUCUUUCUCUUUGCUACAUCAACACAACUUAGUCAUACCUCCAAUAAUUAAGAUGGUGUCAAAGAAGAUGGGAAACUUAAGAAUAGAAGCAUUUUGAUAUUAAAAAUAUUAAAAACAUGACCAUAGAACCUGCCAAACACUAAUCCUAGCCAACUUCAACACUUCUUUCUCUUAAAUGUGUCCUCAUAAGUUUUGGAAAUUGCCUUCAAACGGCUGUUUAGGAGAGUAAGAUGAUGCCUUCCUGAGUGCGUGAGGGAGUGUUACAGCACCGUUUCUUCUCAAUCAUAUUGGUAGUUUCUGUGCUGCUGUGGAGAGGUUUAUUCAUUUAUCAGAUUAGCACUUUCUUAAAUUCUUCAUUAAAUAUGAACCCAAGACACACUCAUCAUUUACCUUGCUUUCCCAUAACCAUUUGUGUAGGUCAUAUAUAAGUUGGUUGAAAAAACAAAAAAUGAGUGAUGGAUUCCUUGUAUCAACAUAAAGCCUUGGGCCUAAAACCUGUUAUUGCUUUUUUUAGCCAGUUACAUAGUGAUUUAUAAACCAAAAAAGAAGUAUCACCUCAACAUAGAAUUCUAGGUUACAUCUCAUGUAUAUCACAAAGUCAGACGUCACGUUUCAUUCAGGAUUUUUUUUUUGCAUAUGUGCAUUACGUAUUAGUUAAAAUCAAAGUACAAGUAUACAUAUGCAAGCAAAUUAACAUAAAUGUAUGGUGAGGUAUCACAAUUGACUAUAAUAUUUUCAGUUAAAAAGACAUUUUAGCACAUAGGAUAGAAAAAACAACAUUCACAGUGAUGGGAAAUUCAUAAUGGCUAAAUAUAAGAUCAGUUUUGUCUUCACAGCUAGAAACUAAUUCUUGUACAUUUCCUUUUGCCCUAAAGAAUAACUAGCCAAUAGUUUCCAUUCACAUGAACAGUGUGUGGUCAGGUUUGGCAUAGUAUGUGCCCAAAAUGUAUGCUGGAUGUUUCUUUACCUCAUAUUCUUAAAAUCUGAGACAUGACUUUCCUAGAAUAAAUUAAGAUUUCAUGUAUAGUAGAAUCUGUUUCAUAAUACUAUUUUGAGAAGUUGAAUUGACAACUUAGGAGGUAUCAGAUAUUUCCCUUAUGGUGUUACAUUCAUAGGACAUUUUUGGAUAUGCAUUUCACCAAGAACCAUGUAGUAAAAAGAUCAAUGAUACUGAAGUACUAUGAAUUUUUGAAACCUGAUUCCCUAGGACACGCUAAAGAAGACUGUUUAUUUAAAAGAAACCCAUCUAAUUCAAAUGAAAAAAAUUGUCAAAUCAUUAUAAUUAGUAAGCAUAAGAGAAACCUGAAAAGAGACUCUGUGUCUUUCUAGGCUUUAUCUGUGAUUAAUUUUGUCCAGUUUUAAAGAAUGGUUAACUUUAUCAUUGUUCUAACAUGUUUUGGUUUCCCUAGUUCAUUUUCGUUUAGGUUGUGGACAGGGCAAUCUGUCCAUACCCUUACUCGUGGAAAAUACCAGAACGAAUCCUUGCUUGAAUUUCUGUUAAUAAGAGGCAGAAGGCUAUAGGAACAAGUAGUAAAAACAGGUACACUUGUAAGGGAGCAGAGUUAAUAUACACUAGUUGGGAUUUCUACAAGUGUUCUUCUAAAAAGUAACACACAGUCGUUAGCUCAGAUAAUCCCUCUAAGUUUGAAUUAAUCUGACUUAUUUAACCAAGUUAUUAUAAUCUGCCAUUCUCUUUGAUCGCUCUAUUAUUCAGCCAUCCAUCCAUUCAUUAAUUCAAUAAAUAUUUAUUGAAGUGCCUAGCAUGAUCAUGUGCUAUAGAAAAGGCAAGGACGUUUACAGUGGGGGAUUGUGAGCCCAGUGCAUAUGAUGAACAUGUUGGAAGCAAAAGACAAUAAUCACACUCAGUGAGCUCCAUUCAGCUCAUUAGAAUCCAGCAAUAAUAGUACAGAUGGCCUAAAGUACGUUUGUGUGUAUCUGUACGUGUGCACACACCCAUGUAUAUAUAUUUAUCUAUCUGUACAAACACUACAUAUGUAUACACACUAUCUAUGUAAUAUAUAAUAUAUGUAUAAUGCAUAUAAAUUCUAACAAGUGUAUUUGUGUUAUCUUUAAAAUAGAACAAUUGUAUCUUGAAGUGGUAAAUGCAGAGAAUUGGUGUUUAUUGUUGAUCUGUGGAUUUAAUGAUUUUUAGGUGAAAAGGAUGUUUAAGUGUAUAAUUUCUUUUCUUAAUUUAAUAUAUUUAUGUAAAUGCAUGCCUGAAAUUUGGUUAGAUUGGCUGUGUUUUGUGUCCUUUAACAUGAUCAAAUGUAUUAAACUUUA